GCAAUCCUCGUCCCAUCAUCAUCAUCACCACCACCACCAUUACCAUCACGAUCCUCCUCCUCAUCGCCAUCAUCAUCACAAGGCUCUUCAUUGGUCAACGACCCACUCGCCUUCACAGUAUCCCCUCAAGUCUAUCUCAAGUCUCAAGCGCUUUCAAAGGACAAGGGCAAGAAGAAGACGCGUCGGAUCGCGCCCGACAGCUCAGAGGAGGAAGAACAAGAACAGCCACAGCCGACGACGAGCAAAGACAGGCGGACGAGGAGGAGGAUCGAUUCAGAUGAUUCAGAUGAACCAGUCACCAUCCUAGCCCCUAGUAAAGGCAACAAGAAGCUGGCCAACAAAAGGCCCCGUCUAGCUUCAAGCUCGACCAGCGGGUCUGACUCGGACCCUGAUUGUAGCAUCGCGAUCAUCUCUGCUCCCCAGACCCGUCCGACGACCAAGAAGUUGAGACGACGGAUUGCCUCCGACGAGGAACAAGAGGCAGAUGAGAACCUCGACGCGGAACAGGACGAAUGGAAACGCGGCUCUGAUGAGGACGAUGACGACGAAAAUCACCAUCAGAGAGUCUCCGAGGACGACGCGAUUCGGUUCUUCAACUCGUGUGACGUCGUAGAUUUACCAGCUGUCACGGCUUGCACUUUGGAACAGGCCAAGAUGAUUGUGGGCUGUCGACCGUUCAAAGACGCUGAGGAUAUGAAAUCCAAACUCCGAAAGAAGAAGGGCGUCAAUGCAGGGAUCUUGAAGAACUACCAAGACAUGAUGAAAGGCUACUUUGAGGUGGAUCGAGUGCUGAGUAAGUGUGAAAAGCAUGGACAAGAUUUAUCAUCGAUCAUGAAUAUCUGGGCCCGAGGGGUACAAUUAGCAAGUGAGACGACGGGUGGUGAAGGCUCGAAGAAAAAGGAGGAAGAAGGAGCGACAGAUCUAGUGAAUCAUUUGACGGAUGCCCAAGGGCUGACGACGGAGGAAGAGAGGAAAGCGUUUGCGGAUUACAUCUACACACAGCCUCCGACGGUGCCCAAGAAGAUCACCCUGAAAUCGUACCAGAUGUUGGGGAUCAACUGGAUGAACCUGCUCUAUUCGAAGGGACUCUCAUGCAUCUUAGCAGAUGAGAUGGGUCUGGGGAAGACGGCGCAGGUGGUGUGUUUCCUAUCUCAACUGAAGCUGGCCGGUCAGCCGGGGCCACAUCUUGUGGUUGUGCCCUCAUCAACACUGGAGAAUUGGAAGCGUGAGUUUGGGAACUUCAGCUCGAACCUGGUCGUCCGGGAGUACUAUGGCUCCCAAAUGGAGCGCAUGGAGCUGCGCUACGAGCUGAAGGCGAUGCCUGGGCUUGACGUGGUGAUCACCACCUACAACAUCGCCACUGGGACCGUCGAGGACCGUAAAUUUCUCGACCGGAUGCGCUUCGACGCCUGCGUCUACGACGAGGGCCACCAGCUCAAGAACUCCCAGUCGAAACGGUACAAGGACUUGAUGCGCAUGCACGUCCGUUGGCGUCUCUUGCUCACCGGCACGCCUCUCCAGAAUAACCUCCAGGAACUCGUCUCCCUUCUCAGCUUUAUCCUCCCCAAGAUCUUCGGUGGCCAGGCUCAGGAAGACCUCCGGAUGAUCUUCAAAGUCCCCUCUGAGGCCCAGGUGAAUCUCCUUGCUCAGACCCGAAUCACCAGGGCCAAGAAAAUGAUGAGCCCGUUCGUGCUCCGGAGGAAGAAAACUCAGGUGCUCAAGGAGUUACCGAAGAAGAUCGAGAAGGUCAUCUACUGCGACCUCGAACCUAAUCAAUCUGAGGCCUAUAAUCAAUUGAUCAAGAAAAGUAAAAAAUAUCUGAUGAAUUCUGCGGGUGUUGAAGAUGAUGAAGAGCUUGAAGAAGAAGAAGAAGUUGAGAGUUUCAAGAAGAAUGGUUUGUUAGGAGCCACAGCAGGAAAGAAGAGUCCGACGAAGAAGACGAUCGCCAAUUCGACCACCAACGUGUUGAUGGAACUACGCAAAGUAUCUAACCAUCCUUUACUCUUCCGACGUCAAUUCGAUGGACCGAUGCUGAGGAAGAUCGCUCAAGGAUGUCUGAAUGAGGUGGAGUUCUUCGACUGUUCAGUCGAGCUGAUCAUCGAAGAUCUCGAGGUGAUGUCAGACUUCGAGAUCGAUAGCUUUUGUGCUCAAUAUAAAUCUCUGCGUCGCUUCCAACUGUCUAGAGAUGAAUUCUUUAACUCGGGCAAAGUCAAAACUCUGCAACUCAUCCUUGCUUCCAAUAAUAAUCUUCAUGCCGACCCUUCUUCUUCUUCUAAAGAGAUUGAUAAGUCUAAGAUAGUUAAGCAGGAUUCUCCUAGUCGGUUCCUUAUCUUUAGCCAAUUCACUCAGAUGCUGGAUAUCUUGAAAGUCGUCCUUAAGCUUCUGGAUGUGAAGUUCUUGGUGCUUACGGGCCAAACUAAUGUGACAGAACGACAAUCAUUAGUCGACCAAUUCACCAAUGAUCCAUCAAUCACUGUAUUCUUGUUAUCGACUAGGGCCGGUGGGUUGGGCUUGAACUUGAUGGCUGCAGACACGGUGAUCCUUUUCGACCAGGACUUCAACCCUCAUAACGAUCGACAAGCCGAAGACCGUGCUUAUAGGCUCGGCCAAACUCGGGACGUCAAGGUGUUCAAGUUGAUCUCUAAGGGGACUAUCGAGGAAGAUAUCUUGCAGCUUGCUUCGACUAAGAUCGAGAUCGACAACUCGAUCUCUAACCCUACUCCUACCGUCACUUCAGAAACAGCAACAGCCACCCCCACCACCACCCAUACAACAACAACAACAGCCACACGAACUACUGAUAAAGAUACUGCCACUGGCGUAGAAACUAAUGAGCGUUCGCUGCCUUCGGCUGAUCCGGUUAAUCAUCCUCCUCCUCUGUCCGAAAACUUGGUCAAAAAAUCACUCAUCAAUCGGUUCAGGAAUCGCGUCUUAUCUUCUAAUGUCGACCCGUAACUCCUCCUCUUCUUCUCCACUUCUUCUUGGUAUGAGUUUUUUUUUUUUUUUCCUUUCUUUCUUUCUUUCUUGAAUCAAUCAAUCAAUCAAGUAUAAGCACUUAUAGUUAAUAUAUAUAUAUAUACAUAUAAUUUUAGAUGUAGUUUCUUUUUUUAGAUACUUGUGCUAAGAAAAUACAUAGAUGUGAUACUCCAUAUAUAUGUGACAUAUGUGUGCUUUU